AAUCUUAGAUGUAACAAGACAUCGUCCUCGUCUCUUUAAAUCUCUCAGACUGUCUCUCUCUUCUGCCCCGUUGCGCCACCGUGGUAGCUCGUAAAGUCACGCUCCCGACGCAGCCUCCCCGGUACAUCGCUUCGCCGGAGGUUCUUCAGCGAAGAUUGCUGGUUAGUAGUUUCAGUCACUGCUGAGGUAACAAUGGUUGUAGAAACUCUCGACAGUUCCUGUGACGGUUCAAAGAGAAAACAUGCCAACGGUGGUGAAGAAACUCACCUCGAUGAGCUUAGCAAUGGAGACAAUGGGGUUUCAUCAACCAAAAGAGCUAGGGUUUCAAGAGGAGAGAUGACGUUUCAGGAUAUCUACGAUGCAGAUGCAUUGCUGAAUGAAGAAGAUGAGGAGGAUGAUAGUGAUUGGGAGCCUUUGCAGCAGCAGAUGAUGCCCGUUGAGUUUGUGAAAUGGUGUUGCGUCAAUUGCACUAUGUCGAAUCCUGGUGAUAUGGUCCAUUGUCAUAUAUGUGGUGAGCACAAGGAAUCUGGCAUCCUGAGGCAUGGAUACUUAGCAUCUCCGUUUUUCAAAGACACUGGUCUCGCCGAAGUCGAAGAGAAAUGUGGAGGAAGCUCAUCUGCAACUAGCUCAACAGCUGUUGGUUUCGACGAGAGAAUGUUGCUACACUCUGAAUUCGAAGUGAAGGCACAACCACAUCCCGAGAGACCUGAUCGUCUUCGAGCUAUAGCUGCUAGUCUUGCCACAGCUGGCGUCUUUCCUGGAAGAUGCUUGCCUAUUCAUGCAAGGGAGAUCACGAAACAAGAGCUCCAGAUGGUCCACACUUCAGAGCUUGUUGACGCUGUUAAUAUCACAAGCCAGCUUCUCUACAGCUACUUCACCACUGAUACAUAUGCUAAUGAGUAUUCAGCACGUGCUGCUAGACUUGCAGCUGGUUUAUGCGCUGACCUUGCUACAGAAAUUUACUCUGGCCGUGUUAAAAAUGGAUUCGCUUUGGUGAGACCUCCUGGUCACCAUGCUGGCAUCAAACAUGCUAUGGGGUUUUGCCUUCACAAUAAUGCAGCUGUUGCUGCAUUAGUAGCUCAGGCAGCAGGGGCAAGGAAGGUGCUGAUUGUGGACUGGGAUGUCCAUCAUGGAAAUGGAACCCAAGAGAUAUUCGAGCAAAACAAAUCUGUAUUGUACAUUUCCUUGCACAGGCAUGAAGGGGGAAACUUUUAUCCUGGUACUGGAGCUGCUGAUGAGGUUGGUACAAAUGGUGCUGAAGGUUAUUGUGUAAAUGUUCCAUGGAGUUGUGGUGGAGUUGGUGAUAAAGACUACAUCUAUGCCUUUCAGCAUGUGGUUCUACCCAUAGCUUCUGCAUUUUCUCCAGAUUUCGUCAUCGUAUCAGCUGGGUUUGAUGCGGCUAGAGGAGACCCAUUAGGAUGCUGUGAUGUAACUCCAGCUGGUUAUUCUAGAAUGACACAGAUGUUGGGUGAUAUCUGCGGUGGGAAAAUGCUUGUUAUUCUCGAGGGCGGCUACAAUCUUCGCUCCAUCUCUUCUUCUGCUACAGCAGUGAUCAAGGUGCUUCUGGGUGAAAAUUCUGAGAACGAUGACUUGCCUAUAGCUACCACGCCUUCAAAAGCCGGCUUGGAAACUGUUAUUGAAGUAAUGAAUAUCCAAAUGAAGUUCUGGCCAUCACUUGCUACCGCCUACUCCAAAUUACUCUCAGAGUGGGAAACACGUCUGAUCGAAAACAAAAAGAACCAGGUGAAAAGGAAGCUGGUUCGGGUUCCCACUUGGUGGAAAUGGGGAAGGAAGAAGUUUAUGUACAGGUUUCUAUCUGCUCGUAUAUGACUUCAAGCUGAAAAAGAUGGUAGAACACAAUCUUCUUAAUCCCUCGUAGCAAUUGUAUUCUAACUCAAAAGUCUUUUAGUACCACGAGAAUGCUAUGACUGAUCUAGAUGUCUCGAUUCUGUUGAGUAUUUCUUUAGCUUUAAGUGGCAGAAAGAAUUGUAUUAUGGAGCUCGUGCUGCUCCUUUGGAUUAUCUGAGUAUCUAACAAACAUCUGCCUAUAAUAACUGCUUACCCGAGAUUACGAAUCCACAAUUUGAGUA